AUGCCUCCUGUGUGGAACACAAUUGUUACUUCACUAAGAUAUUUCUCAACCAAACGGACUGAUAUCGCAGCAGACACAGUAGAAAGACCUCGGACAUUGCCUACGGUUGGUUUUCCAACUAUUCAGUCUAAUCAACUCCUUGAGGAAGAAGAGUUGCCUGAUUACAAAUCUGAUCGGUUCUACCCCGUUCAACUAGGGGAAAUUUUUCGAGGACGCUAUCAAGCGAUUGCGAAGCUUGGUUUUGGUACUUCGUCGACGACCUGGCUUGUCCGAGAUCUGAGGGACUGCCAGUAUGUUGCGCUGAAGAUUUAUGUCCAUACCUCAUUAGUCCACCGCGAACUUCCUUUUUACCAUCAUAUCGCGCCCCGAAUGGAGAAUAGCUCACCCGAAAGGCGAGUCAAUAUUCGGAAAUUAUUGGACUCUUUUGAACUUGCUGGUCCAUGUGGUACGCACAUCGCCCUUGUUUUUGAAGCCGCGCAGAUGAGCUUGCGAGAUAUGAAAUCAGUGUUCCGGCCGGAUGGUUUUGACGAAGACUUCGUCAGGGGCGCCAUUUUUGAGCUCCUUAAGGUUUUGGAUUUCUUGCAUACCUAUGGAGAUACUGUGCACACUGAUGUGCAUCCAGGCAAUAUGCUGUUAGGAGCAUACGACAACAAUAUAUUCAAGAAGCUCGAAGAAAAGGAAUUCGCAUCUCCCGUACCUCGGAAGCAGGACUCAUCCGGGAGAACCAUCUACCUCUCACGACUCAUGCUCCCCACCGAAGGCCCCAUGCUACUCUCCGACUUUGGUGAGGCUAGAAUUGGGCAAGGGCCUCAUGGCGGCGAUAUAAUGCCUUUGGAAUAUCGGGCCCCUGAAACAUUAUUAUACGUGGGCUGGAGCUUUCCUGUUGAUAUAUGGAGUGUUGGUCUUACGGCUUGGGACCUUCUAGAGCCGAAGAAACUCUUUACUGCACGGGACGAGGAUGGGGAUCUUUAUGAUGCUGCGCAUAUCGCGCAGCUUAUUGCAGCACUAGGACCACCACCGGCUGAGUUUCUAGCCCGAAACCCGGAAAGAAAAGCUGAUUUUUGGAACGAAAAAGGUGAAUGGCUGGGUCUUGCCCCCAUCCCAUACGACCGGACAAUGGAAGCCCUCGAGAGUCGACUAGAUGAUAAAUCAGGCUUCCUCCGAUUUAUUCGAAGAACCUUGACCUGGCUGCCUGGAAAUAGAGCAACUGCUAAGGAGCUCUUACAGGAUCCUUGGUUGACGGGCGGAAAGGCGUGA